GCACUCUUGCUCACUGAUUUGAAACAAAAUUGACCUCAUACAACCAGAGAUUUCAAAAAGGAAAGACACCACAGUAGCGUAUGGCGUUGACAAAUUUUAAUCUUCCACCCCCAGUGGGCAUUGUGCUACUUCUUAAGAUAUUUGCUGCUCUGUUCAUUUACAAAAUAGGUUUUGUUCUUCUCUCUAAAUAAUCUAAAAUUCAUAUUCUAAAUUUUUGUUCUAAAUGAAUACAAGCUGUCACACCGUUUUGUAAAGUACUUGAUAUAGCACUGUAAAAUAAGCUUUAAUAACAUAUAACCUAUUAAAAAAUGUACAACUGAACAGACAGUGCACAGCUGGGUUGCCAGUGCUUUGAUGUGUCCUGUGGUCCAUUCAAGUCAAUCAUUACACAUAAGGUACACAACUCCAGUCAGGGUCUGGUGAGAUUUUUGCUACACUGCCUGACUGCUGAGCUGGAGCACACAUAACAGGCUUCCACUGGAAUCCACAGGCUUUAUAUCCCAUUUACAACCUUCACAGGCAAUUUCUGCUCAGACCUAGUGAGCUGUCCAUGGCACGUGUUCUUUCCCUGUUCCGGCCUCAGCCUUUUCUGGCCCUUGUGAGCAGGAGGAAACCUACAUUGUGCAAAAUGUCAAUGGACUCACGGGCACGAGAGGUGUUUGCAGCUGCAGUGGAGGCUGUGCAGCCAGACAUUGUGGUCCGGCAGAGCAUAGAGCGCAAGGAGGACUCAGUCAUUAUCGAUGGUCAAAAAUUCACACUCAAACACAACCUCCACUUGGUGGGCUUUGGAAAAGCUGUACUGGGUAUGGCUGCCGAGGCAGAGAGGAUUAUGGGGGAUCACUUAGUGAAAGGAGUCAUAAGUGUGCCACAUGGGAUUCAGCAGACAUUACAGCAGCAUGGGAAAGACCAUCUGUUGUUAAAAGAAAACAGUCGCAUUCAAGUAAUGGAGGGAGCCAAACACAACUUGCCUGACACUGAUGCCCAGAAGGCAGCAGAAGGGAUCAGGCAGUUAGCCAGUGAACUGACGGAGAAAGACUUGCUACUUGUACUGAUUUCAGGUGGAGGUUCUGCGCUAUUACCUGCACCCAUCCCACCAAUCUCGUUGCAAGAGAAACUGGAUGUUACUCGCAAACUUGCAGCUGCUGGCGCCACUAUUCAAGAGCUGAACACUGUACGACGCGCCCUCUCUUUGUUAAAGGGCGGAGGUCUUGCACAUUAUGCUCACCCUGCACAGGUGGUUGCCCUGAUACUGUCCGAUGUGAUUGGAGAUCCUCUGGACUUGAUAGCCAGUGGCCCCACAGUCAGGGGCGAGGUGUGGCCUGAGGAAGUUUUGUCGGUCCUGGAAAGGUACAAGCUGUUGAACUCUCUACCAGCAUCAGUAAAGGAUGUCCUUGGGAGACAUCCCCCCUGGUGGAAGGAGAAUAAGGAUGAUACAGAUAAGGCAGAAAAUAUUCUCAACGUUGUAAUUGGCUCUAACAGCGUUGCCCUCAAGUGCGCGGGUCGCCGUGCCCGAGAGCUAGGUUUCCGCCCUGUUGUUCUGUCACCAGGAGUGUGUGGCGAUGUUAGGGCAGUCUCCAGACUUUAUGGCCUCCUGGCCCGCUUUGCGUGUUCUCGAGAGGAGCCUCCUCCUGAGAUUGCCGCUGAGGUGCUGAGGCUAGGGCCUGAAGUAGGAGUAGAGAGCUGGGACCUGUGCCGUACCAUGCAGGUCUUGGGUGAAGGGCGUACAGAAGGAUGGGGUUCCACGUGUCUGUUAGCUGGGGGUGAGCCCACUGUGGAGUUGAUAGGAAAGGGUCGAGGUGGUCGAAACCAGGAGCUCGCGCUGCGAGUAGGACUGGAGCUGAGAGGCCUGCAGUUCCCGCCUAAUGGUCCUGUCUUCCUGAGUGGUGGAACUGAUGGUCAGGAUGGACCCACUGAAGCAGCAGGGGCCAUUACUGAUGGAGGGUUGUAUGAAGAAGCACAGGCAAAGGGGUUGGACAUCAACAACUUCCUUACCAACAAUGAUUCUUACACAUUUUUUUCAUAUCUUUCUGCUGGGCAACGUUUACUUGUACCUGGCCUAACCUGCACCAAUGUGAUGGAUGUUCACAUACUACUUAUUCCACCAAUUCCCAUUAACAUAGGAUAAUUCCAAAUCAGGAUCUGGAUUUUAAAAAAAGUGCUCUAUCUGUCUCUCUGACUUGGCAUUGUAGUAUCAAGUUUUCUGACUCUACACAGACUUUUUGGCCCAUGUCUUUACAACUCUGUAGACCUACAUGAAAGCAGGAUUGGUAUUGCUACAGUAUAUGAAUUUCUACAACCACAAAGAAUAGGGGUGGAAUUUUAAAAAAUGUCACCAUUUUUGUUAUCAGCAUUAAUGUUGUUUUUUUUAGCAGGGAACAAAAAAAAGUAAAAACUGUGGACUUAAUGCUCAAUUUUUAAAUCACAGCAAAAUAUGUUUUACAACACAGAUCUAGCAAUUAGAGGCAUUAACAUCAGUAUUUUCAAGUACAUUACACAAAUUUAAUAUCAAUUAAGCUGUUUGCACGUGACUUGCAGUCAUAUUAAUUUCCAGCAUUUCUGCUGGUCUCUUCAGGUACUUCAAGGUACCUACAAUAUGCUGAUUGUAUUUGUUUAUUUGACAAGGACUAUGUACAUCAUUAAAGAUUUCUGUAAACACACA